GGAGGCGGCAGGUAUAUGUAGAAUUUCAGUUUGCCCACCCCAUUCAUUCACUUGGGAUAAAUGUGUCAGUGUUUAUUGAAUCGUGCCGUUCUGUAAUAUCGCUUGUAGGGCUGUAUAAUCAACGUAAUAUAUUCUGCUAACGUGCACGGCUGUGUAUGUUUUGGUGGAUGCUCAAGUGCAAGCUCGUCAGCUAAUGUUAGCCUGUUACAAUUGGAUUGGACUGUCUGUCUCAUGAUAUUGUGAAGGUAUUGACCAUGUCCUUCCACUCCAAUCGUGGCUGCCCUAGAGGCCGCCCUCCUCCCGGCCCCCAUGGCUCUCCCCAAAGCUAUCGCACCCCCAGCCUGCGCCCCUCAGCUCCCCAGCCCCACAUGCCUCCCUACCACUACGAGACUCCACCACCACCCCCAGGCUCGGGUGGCUACACAGGUCAGAGCAGCGGGUACCCACCCCCACGACCAGACUUCCUCCCGUACUCUAUGUCUGCCCCUCCGCAGUCCCCGGCCUCGGUCAGCCAGUGCCCCAUGCGCCCUCCCUUCAGCAGCGGGGCCCCGUCUCGGCUGCAAGGUUUCCCCCUCGACGCUCCAAACUUCCUUCCUCCGCCACCCUUACCCAGCCCCUCUGGCGCUCCUCCGACCGCCCAGAACCCGUACCCUUACAUGAUGCCCAACGUGCCUCCUCCGCCUCUUCCCCCUCACCCACAUGCGCACCCACCCAUGCCCCCAGCGCUGGGCUACCAGGCAGGGUAUUCUCCACUUCCCUACCCCAACCCAUCUUACCCGCCCCCAGGCUUCAGCCCCGCGCCUCCCUUCCGCCAGACACCCCCAUACAAAACCGAAAAACCUACCCCAGACCGGACAAGGUCACCUGAGCGUGGCAGGGGACAUCACCCCGGCAGUAGUGAGCACCGGCACAAGAGCUACAGCGGCGGUGGCUACGGUGGAGGACACGGCGGCGGUGACCGACACAAGAUGGAGUACGGCGGAGGAGGAGGCGAUAGGAAGGAGAGGGGGAGGAGUCCCGACAGGAGGCGGUUGGAGGGGGGUGGCAGCAGGGAUGGAGGGCGCUACCGUGGAGAUUACGACAGACCCAGGAGCCCGCCCAGGCACAGGAGUCGGGAACGUAGCAGGGAGCGCUAUCGGCACAGGGACAGCCGUGGCUCCCCGUCAGGCGAGCGCCACAGGAAGCGAGGCAGGAGCCGCUCGGGCAGCCGCGAGCGCAAGAGAGGACGCUGGGAAGAGGAGCGCGAAGUUCGUGAACGCAGCGAGCGUAGCGACCGCAGUGAACGUAGCGAACGCAGUGAGCGCAGCGAACGCAGUGACCGUAGGUCAGAGGUCAGCUCCGGGUCAGGGCCAGGGGGUCGUGAGCGGGGUGGCCACGCCUCUUCCUCCUCCGCCUCGUCCUACAGAGGAGGUCAUGAGGCGGAGGAGAGCAUGCCCACGUCUGCGGAGCGCCACGACGACCACGAGAAGACGGACGAGGAGCUGAUGCUGAAGCCAGCCUGGAUCAGGUGUACGCACGCCGAGAACUACUACUCAAACGACCCCAUGGACCAAGUGGGUGACUCUACUGUGGUGGGCACCAGUAAGCUCAGGGACCUGUAUGAGCGGUUCGAGGAGGAGUUGGGACGCAGGCAGGAGCGGGCCAAGGAGGCCAGGCCCAAAUGGGAGCCCCCCAAAACCAAGCUGGACGAGGACCAAGAUGAGAGCUCCAGUGAGUCGGAGUGUGAGUCUGAUGAGGAGGGUUCCAGCUGUUCCAGCAGUUCUGACUCGGAGGUGUUUGACGUCAUCGCCGAGAUCAAACGCAAGAAGGCCCACCCUGACCGCCUUCACGAGGAACUGUGGUACAACGACCCUGGACAGAUGAAUGAUGGUCCGUUGUGUAAGUGCAGUGCCAAGGCUAGACGCACUGGGAUCCGCCACAGCAUCUACCCUGGAGAGGAGUCCGUUAAAGUAUGUCGUGGCAUGAACAACAAUGCUGGAAAGCUCUACCACUAUCGCAUCACUGUGUCUCCACCUACCAACUUUCUGACGGACCGGCCGACUGUGAUCGAAUAUGACGACCAUGAGUACCUGUUCGAAGGCUUCUCCUUGUUCUCACACUUGCCCCUUACCAACAUCCCCCUGUGCCGAGUCAUCCGUUUCAACAUCGACUACACCAUCCACUUCAUAGAGGAGAUGGCCCCUGAGAACUACUGUGUUCGAGGUCUUGAACUUUUCGCCAGUUAUCUUUUCAAAGACAUCUUAGAGCUGUACGACUGGAAUCUCACAGAUCCUGAGUUUGACAAUGAUGUUCCCGGCUGCCAGAAGUUUCAUUUCAUGCCGCGCUUCGUCCGCUUCCUCCCAGAUGGUGGUAAGGAGGUGUUGAGUAUGCAUCAGGUGUUGCUGUACGUGCUGCGCUCCAGUCGUGCCCUGGUGCCCGAGGAGGAGAUAGCCAACAUGCUGCAGUGGGAGGAGCUGGAGUGGCAGAAGUAUGCAGAGGAGUGCAAGGGCAUGAUCGUCACCAACCCAGGCAUGAAACCCAGCUCUGUGCGAAUAGACCAGCUUGACCGCGAGCAGUUCAACUCCGACGUCAUCACCUUCCCCAUCAUCGUCCACUUUGGCAUCAGGCCUGCCCAGCUCAGCUACGCCGGAGACCCCCAGUAUCAGAAGCUGUGGAAGAGCUAUGUCAAACUACGUCAUCUACUGGCCAACAGCCCGAAGGUCAAGCAGAUUGACAAGCAGAAGCUGACGCAGAGAGAGGAGGCCCUUCAGAAGAUCCGUCAGAAGAACACCAUGAGGCGCGAGGUGACUGUGGAGCUCAGUAGCCAGGGCUUCUGGAAGACAGGCAUACGCUCUGACGUCUGUCAGCAUGCCAUGAUGCUGCCUGUCCUGACCCACCAUAUCCGCUACCACCAGUGCCUCAUGCACCUGGACGAGCUCAUUGGAUACGUCUUUGAGGACCGCUGCCUGCUGCAGUUGGCCAUGACGCACCCCAGCCACCACCUGAACUUUGGCAUGAACCCAGACCACGCCCGCAACUCGCUCUCCAACUGUGGCAUCCGCCAGCCCAAGUACGGCGACCGCAAGGUGCACCAUAUGUACAUGAGGAAAAAAGGUAUCAACACGCUCAUAAACAUCAUGUCCAGGCUGGGGCAGGACGACCCGUCUCCCUCCAGGAUAAAUCACAAUGAAAGGCUGGAGUUUCUCGGAGACGCUGUCGUAGAGUUCCUAACCAGCGUGCAUCUGUACUUCCUGUUCCCCAGUCUGGAGGAGGGGGGCCUGGCCACCUACCGCACCGCCAUUGUCCAGAACCAGCACCUGGCCAUGCUGGCCAAGAAACUGGAGCUGGACCGCUUCAUGCUGUACGCCCACGGACCGGACCUCUGCAGGGAGUCGGACCUGAGACACGCCAUGGCCAACUGCUUUGAAGCACUCAUAGGGGCGGUGUAUCUGGAGGGAGGAUUGGACGAGGCCAGGCAGCUUUUUGGGAGAUUGCUUUUCAACACUGAGGAUCUGCGGGAGGUUUGGCUCAACUUUCCAGCACAUCCACUGCAGGUGCAGGAGCCGUUGACUGACCGUCAGCUGAUCGAGUCGUCUCCGGUGCUGACCAAGCUGACGGACUUUGAGGACUCCAUCGGUGUUCUCUUCACACAUGUGCGCCUGCUCGCCCGCGCGUUCACACUACGCACCGUUGGAUUCAACCACCUCACCCUGGGCCAUAACCAGAGGAUGGAGUUCCUGGGUGACUCCAUCAUGCAGUUGGUGGCCACCGAGUAUCUCUUCAUCCACUUCCCCGACCACCAUGAAGGACACCUCACGCUCCUGCGUAGUUCCCUGGUGAACAACCGUACCCAGGCCAAGGUGGCGGAGGAGCUGGGCAUGCAGGAGUUUGCCAUCACCAACGACAAGACCAAGAGGCCCGUAGCACUGCGCACCAAGACACUGGCCGACCUGUUGGAGUCCUUCAUCGCGGCCCUAUACAUCGACAAGGACCUGGAGUACGUGCACACAUUCAUGAAUGUCUGCUUCUUCCCCCGACUCAAGGAGUUCAUCCUGAAUCAGGACUGGAACGACCCCAAGUCCCAGUUGCAGCAGUGCUGCCUGACGCUCCGCACUGAGGGCAAGGAACCGGACAUCCCCCUAUACAAGACGCUGCAGACCGUGGGGCCGUCUCAUGCCAGGACCUACACUGUGGCCGUCUACUUCAAGGGGGAACGCAUUGGUUGUGGCAAGGGACCAAGCAUUCAGCAGGCUGAGAUGGGGGCUGCCUUGGACGCGUUGGAGAAAUACAACUUCCCGCAGAUGGCCCACCAGAAGCGCUUCAUCGAGAGGAAGUACCGCCAGGAGCUGAAGGAGAUGAGAAGAGAGCGCGAGCGACAGGAGCGGGAGAGCGAUGAUGGCGAAGACAACAGGAAGUGAUGUCACAGAUCUGUUUUUUUUUAACGGGGGAGGGCCGCUUGAAGCAAGAACAUGUGUCCUUGCAAAGUUAUGAAAAGUUUUUUUUUUAAGUUGCCAAGCACUUGGGAGAGUGAUGGCGAACUUUGCAAGAGGUGAUGUCACAGACAGUGGGGUCAAGGAUGAGGGACAUGUCAAACAGGAACAUGUGCGUCCUUGAAAGGUUGUGAAAAGGUUUGAGAAUCAGUUGAGAGAUAAUGGCAAACACAGCAAAAGGUGAUGUCAGAAUGCAUAGGUGAAAGUGGACAGACCUUUCAAGCAAGAAUAAUAUGUGUCCUUGAAAGUGUGUGAAAAUGUGGCCUUCUACUUUGGGGUUGAACUUUGCAGACCCUUUGGACUAUUGAAAUGCCUUCACACAAGGAACAUGGAAGAUCUUAGUGGCACAAAUGGUACAGUUCAGUUUUUAUUUCCAACUGGGUGGGUGUCGCAGAUGCCACAUUUUGGCGUUUUGGUGCGCAGUGUGUAGUUAUAAACUUAAAGCAGUGUAAAAAAAAUACUAAGACAUCAACUUUUGUUGCUUAUGUGAUAACAUCAACUGAGAGAUAUUGUAAAAAAUAAUCUCGAUAAUAGAGCAAUGAAUCAAAUAUCCAUGAAAUACUCUUUUGAUCCCUCAGAUAACACUAGGAUCCAUGAAAUACUCUUUUGAUCCCUCAGAUAACAUCAGGGCAUGAAUAUACUGUGUAAAGUUUGGUGUACGCUGGGGUAUGAUGGGACAACACAAUAUUUUUUGUGAAUCAGGAAAGGCACGUUCAUAUCGUUAUACUUGAACUACCCCUUGAAAUUGUUGGUGGAUGUUUUUUUUUUUCAUAUGAGUGUGUGGUUGUGUAUGUGUUUUUAUAUGUCAUCUCUGUGUGUGUGUAACAGAACUUUUGAAGAACCUACUGUCUUGAUAAUAAAUAGCGAAUGAAGCAAAUGGCAA